AAUUAGAUAUAUCUGAGCACUUGAAAAACUUACACGGUUUUUAGAGGUUUUAUUCCAGCGAUUGUUUUCAAUUGCGUAUUUAUCAGAUGUGUGGUGUAGAAGUAUAAAAUUGGAUGUGAAUCGAGUGGGGGAAUUGGUAAGUAAACAUGGCUCGAGCGAAGACUCUCGCAAGUCGACCAUAGUUGUGAGAACUCCCAUUCUUGUGACCACCAGCGUCGCGAAAACGUUAGUCGCCUUCAUUCGGAAACACAAGAAACCCUUCGUGCACCGCGUGCAUGCCUUGGCGGGGCAAAGCCUCGCAUUUCGGGUAGUUACAGCAAAUCCUUGAACGGAAUAAGACUAUUCCAUGGGUUGCACGUCUGGCUUACACUAAGCCUGAGAUUCGGGCUCGUUACAAGGUGGGCUUCCAAAGAACCUGAGUUGCUCAAAACAUUCAGAAGCAACUGGCGGUGGGAUAUUGGAUCAGCUGAAGGCAACCGAAGCGGCCAUAUGUAGUGGGUCUAUUCAAAGACAAACUAAUAAUGCAGAGCGUCACAACGCACAGGGCCUUGUUCCCGCUUAGCGUAUUCGAGACAAUCACGGAGGCAACUCAGAAGAUUGAUAAAUAUCUAAUAUGCCUUCAGAUGUUCUUCCUUUCAAUGUGUUAUUGCCUUAAGGCCUGUGACGAAACAGAUUUCUUUGGAAAACCUGACGAUACUCUUUCUGAGGCAGCUACUGUGAUCGUAAUUUGGCGGAUUCUUUUCGAGUUCGUUGGUCCUCUUCCUGGAAAAUAUGCAAGAAUAUGGAACGUGAGUGAUUUAGGUGGCAAUCCAUUUCUAUAA